AUGGCAUAAGAAAUAAAUCAAAAAAUACUGAGCUAUAGUAAUUCGUAGAAAUAAUAACAUUCUUAACUUCCUCAAAAAGAAUCUAUGGAAAUAAUUACUUAAGAAUACCAAAAUCUCAUUGAUAAAUUUUCAUAAGAAAUUUUUUAAGCAAAGCAAAUCAAAAAAGAAAAAAAUGAAAAGAGAUCUGAAAGGCUUAAAAACAUUCCAACAUUCACAAAUCUAUUAUAAAAACCAUAGCUUGAUAGAUGA